AUGAGAGUUUUUAGCAAACCUCUUGUAACAGUGGCGUUGAUUGCCCUGUUGCUGAGUGUUGUAAUGUUUUCAAAUGCCCCUGUCAGUUGCCAAUAUUCAGUGAUUAACGGAAGACCUAUCAUUCAAAAUCCACAAUAUGGAGCAUAUCCUGCUCAGCAAAUGCCUCCUCAGCAAGGAAUGUAUCCUCAAGGACAACCCGGUGCACAGCCACAACAACAGCAACCUCAGAAUACACCCAAAUCUCGAGUAUCUACAGCCAUUAAUAAUAUCAAAAUGCAAUUGAACAUGAUCACUUCCUUUGGUUCAUUCUGUUGGGGUGAUAAUGGAUUCAAAGAUUGUAACUUGGUGGAAUCUGCUGCAAGAACCAUUCUGUCAAAUGUCAUGCAAUUGCAAAAUGAAGAAAAAGGAGGUUUUGCUGGACAACCUGAUGAUUGGAAGAUCGUAAAAGAAAAACUUGUUCCUCUCUCUCAGCAACUCAUGACAGACUCUCAAAAUAAGGAUUGGAAAGCUUAUCAAAAUACUGCUGCUAAAAUUGAUGCUGCUGUUGCAAGUUUUAGAGGAAAUUAUCAGGAAAAUCAACAACAACAGCAACCAGGUGGUCAACCUCAAUAUCCUCAGCAAGGCGUUCCUCCAGUCGCACAACAACCACCUCCACAGAUGCCUCCUCAACAGCAGCAACAACCACCUGUGACCACUCCACUGCCUGCUACUAAUGCUCCACAACCAACCAAUCCAUCUGCACCAUCCAAUGCGAAUAAUGGACAGCAAUUCCAGUCUGGAGGAAAUCCAUCUCCACAACAGCAAGGCUCCUAUGGCCAGUAUCCUCAGGGUUAUAAUUACUAUCCACAGCAGCAACAGGGAUAUCCUCAACAACAGGGGGCCUAUGGUCAGUAUCCAUAUGGUUAUGGUCAAUAUCCUCAACAAGGUUACGGUCAAUAUGGUCAAUACCCUUACUAUUCUCAAUACUAUCCUCAACAGCAAGGUGGUUAUGGUCAAUAUCCUCAACAAGGUUACGGUCAAUAUCCUGGUGGUUACGGAUACAACUAUCCAUCAAAUUAUGGUUAUGGCUAUCCUUCUGGUUAUCCACAAAUGUAUCCAGGAAGUUAUGGCCAGCAGCCUCAAUAUUCUCAAAGUGCAGCUUCCAGUGCAUCGUCGAAUGAGUAA